UUAAAAUUAAGGUACUUUCCCAAUUCCAUCUCCCUCCAUAGCCCCAUGCCCUAGAUUAGAACAAAAUUCUUGAUGUUUACAAAUAGAAAAAGGGUUGAUUCCAUUAUCAGCAAUCUUCUUCAUUGCUUCUUGGUGAUCAUUGUUAUAUGAUGCCUCCUAAGGCAAUAAAGCAUCGUCGAAGUCUACUACCCGAUGCCCUUAGCUACCUUCCUGAUAACGUAAUCGAUGUCAUUCUGUUGCGUUUACCUUGUGAAGAUGCUUUGAGGACAAGCAUCUUAUCAAAGAAAUGGAGGUAUCACUGGUGUAGACUUAUAGAGUUGAAGAUUGAUGAAACUCUUUGAAAAACAGAAAAGGAUUUACUGAACCCUACUGCUAAAUUACAAAGAUUAAGCACCAGCUUUUGAGCCUUCAUGAAGGACCCAUUACUAAGUUUACCCUAUAUGUUGUUCAUCUAGCAAAUUGUCCGGACAUCGACACCUUCAUAUAUUUCCUCUCGAGGAAUGACAUUCAACAUCUUGUACUUGACCUUUCACUUAGAAAGGAAUACAAAUUGCCUUCUUCACUUUUCACAUGUUCACAGCUGAAGCAUUUAAGUCUUGCUUAUUGCUCAAUACAACAUCCAUCAGCCUUUCAAGGAUUUGAUAAUUUAAUUAGACUGAAUUUAUUUCUUCUGACUUGCUGGAAAGUUUAAUAUCUCAUUGCCCGUUGCUUGAGGAGUUGGAGCUGGAUAUCGCAGACAAGUCAGACACAAUUGAAAUUAAUGCCCCCAUGUUGAGAUUGUUCAAUCUCUCAGGCAAUAUAAGUUCUGUCUGCCUAAAGAAUGUCCCUCGUCUGGUAAAAGUAUUGUUGUAUGGUGACUAUAUUAAAGAAGAGGAUCUUGAUUUUGCAAAGCUUUCCGAGUGUUGUCCUGCUCUCGAGCACCUUCUCUUUUCCUCCUUUGCUUCCGAGUUCUCUGCUGGAGCAGGAUAUGAAGCACCAACAAGACUUCAGUUUAAUCUUAACAGCGUCAAACGCUUUUACCUGCCUGGCAUUAAGCUGGUGGAAUUAUAUAACCUCUCAUAUGCUCUUUGCUUGAUUAGAAGUUUCCCGUAUUUAGAAUAUCUCGAAAUACAGAUUCAUGAAUAUGGAUUUGACUAUGAAGAUGAAGAUAUGAACCUAUUCCGGAACGCCUUGAGCUACCCCUUGAGCUCAAACAUUUAUGGGACGUGACAUUUAAUCACCUCAAGGAAGUUAAGCUAGGCUGCUUAACAGGAACAACAUCUGAGUUGCUGCUUAUCAAAUUUUUGUUAGCCGAGUCCCCCCAGUGUUGGAGAGAAUGCUAAUUGAUCGACAGUAUCUUGAUCAUGAACUUCUCGACACAAGAUUACAAAUAUUCUCGGAGAUAUCAAGUUUUUCGCGUGCAUCACCUAAAGCAGAAGUUGUCUACAUAGAGAGCGUAAUUGGGAAGACAUUUUCGGGAAUACUUGAUAUAAAUUUUGGCCGAAGAGGUGUUUGACAAAAGGCCAAAGAGAAGAAAAAAAAGGCGGAUUCCAUCAUCAACUAAAUUCUAUGUUCUUGGUGAUUUUUGAUAUAUGAUGCCUCCUAAAGGCAGAAAGCAUUAUCUAAGUUUACUUCCUGACGUUCUUAGCUACCUUCCUGAUAAUAUAACCGAUGUCAUUCGAUGCAUUUGCCGUGUGAAGAUGCUGUGAAAACAAGUAUCCUAUCAAAAAAAAUGGAGGUAUCACUGGUGUAGACUUACAGAGUUGAAGCUUGAUGAAUCUCUUUGAAAAAAAAAAAGGAUUUACUGAACCCUACAGUUAAAUUUACAAAGAUUAUCUACCAGCUUUUGACAGUUCAUGAAGGACCCAUUACUAAGUUUACCCUCAAUGUUGCUCAUCUAGAAAGUUGUCCUGAGAUCGAUAACUUCAUAUGUUUCCUCUCGAGAAAUGACAUCCAACAUCUUGUACUUCACCUCCCGCUUGGGAAGAUGUACAAAUUGCCUUCUGCACUUUUCACAUGUUCGCAGUUGAGGCAUCUCAAUCUUCAUAAUUGCUCUAUACAUCAUCCAUCAGCCUUUCAAAGGAUUCAAUAAGUUAAUUAGCCUGGAACUAUGUGGAGUCACAAUUUCUUCUGAAGUGCUGGAAAGUUUAAUAUCUCAUUGCCCAUUGCUUGAGCAGUUGGUACUGAUAUUUAAUAUCUCAUUGCCCAUUGCUUGAGCAGUUGGUACUGAUAUCCCAGAAAAUUCGAAGACAGUUGAAAUUAAUGCCCCCAUGUUGAGUUCGUUCAAUUUCUCAGGCAAUAUAAGUUUUAUAUGCCUAAAGAAUGUCCCUUCUGGUAAAAGCAUCUUUGGAGUGUGACUAUAUUAAGGCAGAGGAACUUGAUUUUGGAAAGGUUUUCGAGUCUUGUUCUGCUCUCGAGUACCUCCUCUUUAACCUCUUCAAUUCUGGGUUCUUUGCUGAAGAAGGUUUUGAAGUACCAACAAGGCUUCCCUUUGAUCUUAACAGUGUCAAGCGACUUUACUUGCCUAAUAUUAUGCUGAUUGAACCAUCAUAUGAGCUCUCAUAUGCUCUUUGCUUGAUAAGAAGCUUCCCAUAUUUAGAGUAUCUCGAAAUUGAGGUUCUUCUUAGUGCUUUGAUUCUUUGCAUAAUUCUUAAUCCUCAAUAAUAUGACAGUUGACUUCUUCUUGUCUUUCUUAGGUUGACUGUGAGGAUGACGAGGAUGAGAGUAUUCUAGAAUGCUUAAAACUCGAACAUUUCUCAAACAUGACAUUUAAUCACCUCAGGGAAGUUAAGUUGGGAUGAUUUGUAGGAACCACACCUGAGAUGCAACUCAUCAAGCUUUUGUUAGCCAAGUUCCCUGUGUUGCUGGAAAUACUAAUUGAUACACGUUAUCUAUAUGAUAAACCUCUUGACACAAGAUCAAAAAUAUUUGCCAAGGUCUCAAAUUAUUUGCGGGCAUCACCUAAAGCAGAAGUAGUCUACAUAGAUUUUUAAGCAGAUCGAUUUUUGGCUUAGAAGUUGAAAUUGAAAUGAGAGAAACAAGGCUGAUGUAUAACUGUAUGUUUUGCUUGGGAACAUGAGCAUUGUUAGAUGGAUGUUUUGAUUAGUUUGUUCUGUAAUAACACUGUCACUACUUGUUUUAAGUAUUUUUACAUGUACUGCUUGCGCAUGAAUGCAUUAUUGAAUAUGUAUUACACAUGAAUUGACACUGUGAUGGCUUAUUGAGGCUGGUGCGUAUAAUUAGCUUUGUGUUUGUAAGCUCUUGCCUGCUUGCACUAUUGUUUCAACCAUUUAUUGUUUAACUAACCCUUGAUUAGCAAAGAGCUGCAGAAACUAAAAUUAUGAGUUUGUUAUAGAACCUAUGAGAUUGAUAACUUCAUAUGUGGCAUACAGGAUCUUGUUCUUCACCUUUCAUUUAGAAAGUUAUACAAAAUUGCCUUCUUCACUUUUCACGUGUUUGCAGCUGAGAUGUCUAAACCUUCAUAAUUGCUCAAUACAUCAUCCAUGGGCUUUUCAAGGUUUUGAUAAGUUAAUUAGCCUUGAACUAUGCAGAGUAACAAUUUCUUCUGAAUUGCUGGAAAUUUUAUUAUCUCAUUUCCCGUUGCAUGAGCAGUUGAUGCUGGAUAUCCCAAAAUUCUAAACAUUAUUGAAGUUGAUCCCCCAUGCUGUGAUUGUUUGAUUUCACUGGCAAUAUAAGUUCUCUGCCUAAAGAAUGUCCCUCUUCUGGUAAAAGUUCUCUGUCAGGUUACGAUAUGAAGGCAGAGGUAUUGAUUUUGAAAAGGUUUUCGAGUCUUGUUCUUCUCUCGACCACCUCCUCGUCAAAUUCCUUAAUAUCUGGUUAGUUGCUGAAGAAGGAUAUGAAGCUCCAACUAGGCUUCCGUUUGAUCCUAACAGUGCCAAACGAUGUUACCUGCCUGAAACUAUCGUGUUGGAAUCAUAUGAGCUCUCUUUUUCUCUUUGCUUGAUAAGAAGUUUCCUAUUCUUAGAAUAUCUCGAAAUUAAGGUUCACUGUGGAGAUGAAGAGGAUGAUUGUAUUCUAGAAUGCCUUGAACUCGGACGUUUCUCAGAUGUGACAUUAAAUCACCUCAGGGAAGUUAAGCUGGAAUGCUUUGGAGGAACCACGAUGCAACUUGUCAAGCUUUUUUUAGCCAUGUCCCUGGUGUUGGUGGGAAUGCUAAUUGAUACAUGUGUUCUACCCCUUGACACGAGGUCAAUAUAUUUGCUGAGGUUCUUGAUGAUUAUUGGUAAAUGAUGCCUCCUAAUGAAAGAAACCCUUGUCAAAGUUUAACUCCUGACAUCCUCACUGACCUUCCUAAUGAUGUAAUCGAUAUCAUUCUGAUGGGGUUGCCUUCUAAAGAAGCUGUGAGGACAAGCAUCUUAUCUAAAAGGUGGAGGUAUCACUGGUGUCGACUUACAAAGUUGACACUAGAUAGGUCUCUUUGGAGAACGGAAAACGAUUUACUGAACCCUACAGAUAAGUUUACAGAGAUUACCUCCCAGAUUUCAACCCUUCUUGAAGGACCCCUGAUUGACUUUACCCUCGAUGUUGCUGAUCUAGAAAGCUGCCCUGACAUUGGCAGCUUCAUAUAUUUCGUCUUGAGGAAUAAUAUUGAACGUCUUGUUCUUUACCUUCCCGAGGAUAGCAAAUUGCCUAUGUCAGUUUUCACAUGUUCACAACUGAGGCAUCUAAGUCUUGAUAAUUGCUCAAUACAUCAUCCAGGGGCCUUUGAAGGAUUUGAUAAGUUAAUUAGCCUCCAACUGUGUGAAGUAACAAUUUCUUCUGAAUUGCUGGAGAGUAUUAUAUCUCAUUGCCCGUUGCUUGAGCUGUUGGUGCUGCAUAUCCCAAAACUUUUAGACACAAUUGAAAUUGAUGCCCCCAUGCUGAGUUGGUUUUAUUUCACAGGCAAUAUUAGUUCUGUCUGCCUAAAGAAUGUCCCUCUCCUGGUAGAAGUAUCUCUGACUGGUGAGCAGAUAAUGAAAAAGGAUCUUGAUUUUGCAAAGGUUUUCAAUUCUUGUUCUGCUAUCAAGUACCUCAGCUUGAAUAUCUCUUGUUACUGGGGAUCUGCUCAAAAGGGAUAUGAAGCACCAAGGCUUCCCUUUGAUCUGAACAGUGUCAAACGGUUUGACCUGCUUGAACUUGAGCUGGUGGAUGCAUAUGAGCUCUCAUUGUCUAUUAACUUGCUUAGAAGUUUCCCGUACUUGGAACAUCUUGAAAUUGAUGUUUUCCAUGAAGAUGAAGAUAGUGGUACUGAAGAAUCCGAUGAACUUAAAGGUCUGUCAGACGUGACAUUUAGUCACCUCAGGGAAAUUAGGGUAUACGCCAUUGAUGGAAGAACAUCUGAGAUGCAGCUUAUCAAGCUUUUGUUAGCCAAUUCCCCGGUGUUGGAGAAAAUGCUAAUUGAUCAACGUCUUCUAGAUCUUGACACAAGACUAAAAGUAUUCGCUGAGGUAUCAAAUUAUUCGCGUGCAUCACCUGAAGCAGAAGUUCUCUACGUGGAUUGGAUGAGAUAUCGAUUUUUUUAAACCCGUCCCCAGAAGCUCCCACCUUUUUGCUCUCUUUGAUGACUCCAAUCCACAACCGUAGGAUUGGAGAUGGAGGAUGCUUGAAUUCCUUAGAGUUUUAAGGUGGAGGAUGCUUAUCAUCCGAGGAACCCUUCUUGUCAACGUGACUUGCACAAUAAUAGACAUUGGUGGUAUAUUUAGCCCAAUGUGUGAUUUACAUAAAUCCCUUAAGUUUCAUCUAUAGCCAAUCUCCUAUAUCUACCAAAUCCGUAAUGUCAUUGUCGGUUAAUUCUUUAAUGUAAUUCAAAUUGCCUAUGUCCUAGUUGUUAAUAAAGUUGUUGAGAACUCCGAGUUCUCAGGUUUGAAACUCAGGUAGAGACAAAAAAUACUGCGUGAUUCUUUUCAUUUAUCCUAAUUUUGGUGUGAUAA